UGUGUCCGGGCGGGCGGCUUUUACCUUCUGCAUGGGAGGCCUUUAACUCUGGGUGCGCAUAACCCGAAGGAAAGCGAAGCAAAAGAAGCAGUUUGUGAGGGGGGAAAGGGAGCUCAGGGGCUGAAUUGACCAGCUCUCCUUGAUUGGAUAAACCUUAGCAUAGGCACGGCGGGCCGAGAAACAUCUUUGCUGGGGGUUUGAUCCUAAGGAUUAUACUCAGGAGGCUGUUUUUAGUUGUUUUUUAACAAGUCGAGGAAAAUUUACGAGGGCGAUGGCCAGAAAAGCAAUUAUUGUCAUAUCUCGUGUAAUGAUGACGACUUCCAUGAGUAUAUAAUUUUAUACUUACGAGUUCAAAAGGUUGAACAUGGGAUAGGGUACCCUGGCAUUGGUUCUCUACAGAAGUUCUAAAAUUAAUGAUUGUGCAUUAUAAAUCAUACUCAAUUAUGUGUUGUAUAUCAUCACGAUGUCUAGUUUUAUUCGUGUUGUGACAGUGCAGAGACAAAGAGAUUCUGCCGAUACUGGAAAUCGUGAGCAGCACACAAAAUUAUUGGAGGAGCUUAGCAUGUCGGGCAGCAUCUGUGGAGGGAAAUAAACAGGCGAAUUUCGAGCCGAGACCCAACGUUGACUGUUAGUUACUGUCCAUAUAUGCUGCAUGAACUGCCGUGUUCCUCCAUUGUUUUGUCUGUGUUGCUAACGACAUUGCACCUAUAACUUAUGACCACUUCCUGCGUUCAGGGGCAGGGAUACGUGGUAGAGCAGAGUUUGCAGAGUAAAGUGUACAGACAAGUGUGGCUGUCAGAUUAAAAAGUAUCUACAACUUGCAUAGAUUUAAAGACAGAUCAAGUGUUUUGGAAUUGAAGUGUGGACCAAUUCCAUCGCAUUGAAAUUGAAUAGAUUCUUGCAAAUGUGAGAUUUUCUGUUUGGCUCUGGAUUUGUCAGAUUGAUAGGGUGUUCGAAGAUGCAAUGGUACUUGGCAAUUAGGUAAAGAACAGUGAAGAAUAAAGAGAAGGAAACGGGAAUUAUUGGUAAUGAAAGUUUAAAACUGUUCUCGAGAUUGUGUGGUAUAUACAGGUUUUGCAGAAGUCUGCGUGAUGAUUGCACAGGACCUAUGAAAAAAAAUUUUGAUCCUGGCAAAUGAUAAAAUUAGUCAAAUCUUUGGUUUCUUCUGGUUAUUAAUGCAUUUUCCUGACACAGUUUAUUUACUAAUCCUAUAACUUUGUGCACAACUUUAUCUUCUUAAAGUAAGUGUAAACUGUUACAGAAUAUACUUAAUAGAGCACUCGAAUAUAAAAGCAAGUCGGUAUUGUUGAGGCUUUAUAAGGCACAUGUGAGGCCUCAUUUGGAGUAUUUUGAGCAGUUUUGGGCCUCUUGUCUAAGAAAAGAUUGGAGAGGGUCCAAAGCAGGGGUCACAGGAAUGAAAGAGUUAACACAUAAGUUUUGGACCGAUCCUUGCUGGAGUUUAGAAGAAUGAGCUGGGUUCUCAUUGAAAGCUAUCAAAUAUUGAAAGGCCGAGAUAGAGUGGAAGUGGAAAAGAUGUUUUGUAUAUUGGAGGAAGUCAAGGGCCAGAGGGUACAGCUUCAGAAUAGAAGGAUGUCUGUUUAGAAGAAAGAUGAGGAGGAAUUUCUUUAAACAAGGUGGUGAAUCUGUGGAAUUCAUUGCCAUAGACUGCAAAGGAGGCAAAAUUAUUGGGUGUAUUUAAAGUGGAUUAGUCAGGGUGUCAAGGGUUAUGGGGAGGAGGCAGGAGAACUUGGUUGAGAGGGAUAAUAAACUGGCCAUGAUUAAAUGGCCUAAUUUUGUUCCCAAGUCUUAAGGCUAUUUCAGACAAUCUAACCGUUAUUCUUGAUCAUGAUGUUUACAUUUUGUAAUAUAAAAUAAUUAUAUAAUUUGGCUUAAUGUGCUGCAGUUUAUAAAUAAAUGGCUUCUGGAACUAGUCAAGCUAUUACUUCAGAAGAGCUUCGGAGAAGACUUUAUCAGACAUUCAAAAAUCGGGGUGUAUUAGAUUCUCUAAAGUCUCAGCUUCGAAAUCAGCUUGUUCAUGAAUUAACACGUCCUGAUUUAAAUGGACAUUUCCUUUCCUGUGGUCGUCGUCAUCAGCAUCCUUCUACAGAUGAACCUUCUCUAUUGAUUUUGGCUGCAAAUAGCAUUGUAGCAGAUCACUUGAGCAGAGCAGGAUAUGAGUACUCAUUGUCUGUCUUCUAUCCAGAAUGUGGCUUAGAAAAAGAGAAGGUAUUCACAGCAAGAGAUCUCCUACAGAUCAUGAAAAUCAACUCAACAUCAGACCUUUACAAGUCAAUUAUCUCAAAUCUUCAAAAGGACCAUCAGAAAGGAUUUCUGAUUGAAUUCCUGAAGGAACUGACUGAUCAUCACUUAACGAGGGACUUUCGAAAUGCCGAGGUUCAGACAAACAGUAUUCCACAGUAUAAAGAAUCUAUUGUUGAUAAGCUUCAAAUGAUUGACGAGCAGUAUGCAGCAUUUCAACCUGUAAGCAUGCGAGAGGACUUCUGGGAAACAAAACUGCUCAAAUAUCGUAAGCAAAUAGAAGAACAGCUUCAUACAGAACUGCAGCAAAAGCUACAGCAUUUUAAGGAUGUGGAGUUGGCUAAAAUUCAGAUUCAGGAGAAAGAGCUGUCAAGGAAGAUCAUAGAAGACCAAAGAUCGAAAUUAGAUAAAAUGUACCAGUUGAAAGUUGAAGCAUUGAUUGCACGAGAGAAGAAUGCUAUUGAGAGACUUCAGAAACAGCAGGAGGUUGAGGAGAAAGAAAUCUAUAUGCAGAGACAGAGUUUAUUAAAAGACAUUGAAUCUCUGCGUAAUAGAGAAAUAGAACUUGAACAACGAUUUGAAGCCUUUGAAUUGGCUCAAAAUCUGCAUGAACAAAAGAACAAGAGUGUACAAGAUAAUCUCCAAAGACGGGAGCUGGCAGUGAAAAAUAUCGAGGAGACUUAUGAGCAAAAGCUUAAGAAUGAACUGUGCAAGUAUCAGCUUGAGCUACAAGAAGAUUAUCGAAAAAGAACUGAGAAAGUGGCAGUAAAUGAGAAAAGAAUUGAAGCUGAAGCAGCUCGAUUACAUGAAGAAUCUCUCAUCAUACAUUCCAUUAAGGAGGAACUUCAGCAAACUCGUGCUCAAGCAAUGAAGUUGGAGGUUGAACUAAAUGAAGCUAAAGGCCAAAUUUGUUUGCUAAUGAAGCAGAAUGAAUUACUGAAUGAAAAGUUAAAGGAUACAGCGGACUAUGCAUCAUUAAAAACUGUAAAUGUACAGUUUCAGACUGAAAUCAAACUACUUCGGAAACAGUUGGAUGAAGCUCGUUGCGAAAAUCAGAAACUGUGUGAAAUGUUAAAUGAACCUUCUGCUGCACACAUAGCACUUCAAGCUGAGUUGAAGAAAAUAGAAUAUUCCAGAAAACUUGACCAGGAUGAAUAUCAAAGACAAAAAGAAAUAUUAGAGCAGCAGUUGCAGCAUGAGAUGGAGCGAUGUGCACAGGUGAGAAGCCAACUUCUAGAAUUUGAGGAUCAAACCAGAAGGUUGAAUGGACAAGUUGAUGAUUUGAAACUUCAACUGCGACAGACACAUUUAGCUUUAGAGAAUGAAGUGUACCGUAAUCCCAAACCCUCACUGGUUGAUCGGUCAGCCCUUGACCUCACUGCAGACAGAAUAGUACCUCCUGAUAUCUAUCUAGAUACUGGUUUACCCAGGAGCCGGGUAGUAUUUGAAGAACGAUUCCUUUAUCCAGGUUCUAGUAUGGGUGCAAACUAUUCCAAGUACUUUGGAACACCAAGUUCUUCGUCAGAUUCAGACCAAGACUUUGUAGCAGGGGCCAAGGCCCGAAUAAGAGAGCUAGAAAAGGAGUCCGAGAACUUAGAGGAAGCCUACAGGAACUACCAAAAUAGACUAAUUCAAGCUGCUGUUCAGAAAAGUUCAGAGGCUCAGCCUUUUUCCCUAUUGCCAGUUAACAACAGUAGUCUCAAUAAAAUUUCAUCCAGCCACCCACACAGAGUUACAUUUGCAGACUCUUUCUUAACUUAUGAAAAAUCAAAGCCAUCGAGACACCCAAUAUCUGAAGUAAGCCAUCAAUCAACAAAUAUAAUUGAAGAUUACCAAACUCCUUCGCUAGGCUUGUUCACAUCCCCAAAAUGUAGCUCUUCAACACCUGUCAAACAGAAACCUGAAUAUGGCAUGUUCAUGAAGACUUCAGAAGGUGAGGAUGGGUCAUUUCUGGUCUGUGUUCCCAGUGUAUCUGAACAUCAAGAGCCAAUUGCAACCAAUGAGGUACAAUCCCAUGGCAGUUCAGAUGUCAGUAAUGCAAACCGUUCUUUAUCUAUCAUCUGUGGAGAAAAUGAAAGGUCAGAAAAUGAUCAGGUUGAUGAUCCCUUGUCUAUGCCUUCAACAUCUCCAAGGUUCGAAGAACUGCUUGAUCAACCAGAUAAUCAUUGUGAAAUCGUGCAAGAAGGCGUUUCAAAGCUUAACAAAUGCUGGGAGGAAAAUGAGGAUAAAAGCUCUGUUUCUUCACUACAACAAGAAAUAAUUUCCUCUCCAGCAGAUGCUUCUGAAAUGGAAUCGAUUGAAGAAGUGGAAAAAACCAGAGGAGAGGAAGAAAGCAAAGAAAAGGGAGAUCGAGGUGUAGAAAAAAACACAUGGCACGAUCAUAGACAAAAGGGUGAAGAGAAACAAUGUUUGGAAAGCGAGGAAUCAAGUGAAAAAGAACAGAAGGAACAGGAACAACUAGAACAAGAAAAGGGUGAAAAGCUAAUGAUGGACCAUGAUAGACAAAGCCCAGAAGAGCAUAUUCCAGAAAUUGUAGAAUUACCUGUAACAAGUGUGGAUCCGCUGGAGAAAUAUAUGAAACUAAUUCAACAGCAGAAGGAAGAAGAACAACAGAAGGAAGAACAGCAGGAAAAGAGUUCUAAGAAGGAAGUAGAAGAAGAGAGUUCGUCACUCCAAACACUGUCCAAUGGAAAAACUGGCAGUCCUGCAGCCUCACAUGAAGAAACUGAUGAUGCAUUCUGGUGAAUUUGCCAUAGCAACAGAUCUAUAAUAUGGAUCCAUCACAGAAUUGAUUUAAGCUACAUUCAGCAUUUUUUAAAUAAAUUGUUUAUUUGAAAUUUUAUAAAUCUUAUGCCUUAAGACAGUUUUUCCAAAAAUACUUACCCUGUUGGUAACUUUUUUUAAUGUAAAGGUCCUAUAAUAGAAUGAUUGGCAAAUAAAUUUAACCAUGCAUAGCUGGACAAUCUUGAGAGAUUUUAAUUUAUUCAUUUAGAUUUGAAUUCUCAGUUACUUUGUCUACCAAUAGAUUUAUGUUUACAGCUGGACUGACUUGGCACAGGUUGGUGACAACAGGAAAAUAAAUGCAGAGGAAGCUAAUUAAAAAUGGUACACAGUUCAAGAAAGAAAACGGAUAUAAACAUUUUAAAAUCAAGGUAAUGAAUUGAAAUAUUAAAUCUGGAGAUAAGACCAAUAGCAAGCUAAUGCAUUUUCACCCCACGGUGUUAAUUGAUUGCUUCAGCUGUAAUAAGUAAUUAACUAUUUUGAAAGGGAACUAUAUAGGAAGCUGCUUUCACUUACAAUAGAAAAUAUCAAGUUUACUAUAAGAUUAUAAAAGUGGUAAGUUAUAGAAAAUUAUUCUACAUGUUACAAUUUCAUUAGAUAAAAAUGUUUUGCUUAAGCAACAAAGCAGUAAUGUUCUGUUAUAGUAACAAAACCUUAAUUCUUAAUUCAAAGAAAGCAUCUCAGAAACACACCCACAUGCUUAGCUUAUCCAACAAUACAUUUAACUGUAUUGCCUUGGAAACAAAGAACUUAGAAAAGCAUAAAGAAACUACUUUAAACAUUUGAACAGUCUUAAGAGCUUUUAAUCAAUUGUUAAUGAGUUAGCACAGCUACUAAGAAAAUUUAAAACUAUAUUUCCACAGUCUUGAAAUAAAACCUUUUUUUUCUUUUACCUUGCAUGUAUUAAUGAAGUGCUUUUUUUUACCUGGUUAAACUUGCACAUUGAUUUGACAUAAAGCUAUAUAUUAUAAACAUUAAUAAGAAAUGGAAAAUAAGAAAUUAAAUGUCACACAACACCUAUUGGGUUGACUGUUAGUGGAAUUUGUCAUAGGUAGGUUUUCCGGGCCAACAGUAUGAAAGAUUUUACUGCAGCAUUUAACAAUAAAACAAUGUUAGAUACAGAAAUAAAAAAAUCUACAAGCAUUAAUUUUUUUGCAUGUGUUUAUCAAUAUGAGAAUGUUUAGUAAAAAGAUUCUAACACCUUAAAAACAUUGUUUCUGUUUUUAAAAAAAACUGUACCAGAUGUGACA